AUGUCCCCAGAAGAAUCAUGGGAGCACAAAGAAGACAUCAGUGAAGCAGAGCCAGUGGGUGGCUCCUUUGGAGGUGGAAGGCCCCCAGAGGAAAGUGCCCAGGAGAUGAUGGAGGAGGAAGAGGAGGUACCAGAACCCAAAUCUGUGGAUACACCGCCAGGUGCUCCUAAGAAGGAACAUCUCAGUCUUUGGCAGCACCACCUCAUCGCCCUUGACGUCCAGCGUGUGAGCAGGUCCCGCUGGCAGAGGGCACUUUCGGAUGAGCAUGGAUGCCCCCCACAGCAGCUCCACCACUGGGAUAUUUGGCUUUGGGUCAGGACGGAGUGGGAGAACUGGUCUCAAGAACCCUUUCUGGGGAGGGUUGAAUCCGAACUCCCUGGGUGCAGCUGGCCAGAGCACACCCUCUACCUUCCACAUGGCCAGCACACCUCAGGACACGUCUGGGAUUGCAGCCACCACCUCGGGCUUUGGAGCUACGACCCAGAUCACCCGCAGCAGGACCAGUUCCUUAGUGUAUGGCAGUACCACCCCAUCACCCUUCAUGUCCUGGGUGCCAGCAGGCCCCGCUGGCAGUGGGGGCUUUGGGAUGAGCGUGGCUGCCCCCAACAGCAGCUCCACCACAAGGACGUUCCACUUUGCGGCAAGGUGGAGUCGGAAAACUGGUGGUACAGCACCUUUCGAAGGAGGCUUGAUUUAGAAAUCCCAGGGUGCUGCUGGACAGAAUACAUCCUCUGUCUGCCACGUGGCCAGCACGCCUCAGAACACAUCUGUGUUUGCAGCUACCACCUCGGGCUUUGGAGCUACGACCCAGACCACCAGCAGUGGGACCAGUAGCUCAGUGUUUGACAGCGGCACCUCAUCACCCUUCAUGUCUGGGGUAUCAGCAGGCCCUGCUCACAGUUGGGGCUUUGGGGUGAGCGUGGCUGCCCCC